UUGGGCCAGAGGAAAAGGAAGGUGACAUUGGUUGGCUGGUCACCCUCCUUCUCAAGGAUGCGCUAUAAAAGCUGUGCCUCUCCCCAGGAGUGUCCGCAUGAGUCGGCAGAUCCCCGGAAGGCACCAUGGCCGCCCUGGGCAUCGUGGUCGCCCUGCUGGUGUGGAUGGCCACCCUGCUGCUCAUCUAUAUCUGGAAACACAUCUACAGCAGCUGGCAACUGCCCCCUGGCCCUUUCCCACUGCCCAUCGUUGGGAACAUUUUCCAGUUGGAAUUUAAGGAUAUUCCCAAGUCCUUCACCAGGCUGGCAGAGCGUUUCGGCCCGGUGUUCACCCUGUACCUGGGCUCACGGCGCUUCGUGGUCCUGCACGGCUACAAGGCCGUGAAGGAGGUCCUGCUCGACUACAGGAAUGAGUUUUCUGGCAGAGGAGAAAUCCCCGCGUUCCGGGUGCACCAGGACAAAGGGAUUAUUUUCAAUAAUGGACCGACCUGGCAGGACACCCGGCGGUUCUCCCUGACCACCCUCCGUGACUUCGGGAUGGGGAAACAGAGCAAUGAGCAGCGGAUCCAGAGGGAGGCCCAGCUCCUGCUGGGGGCGCUCCGGAAGACCCAUGGCCAGCCCUUCGACCCCACCUUUGUCAUCGGCUUCGCGCCCUACAACGUCAUCUCCGACAUCCUCUUCCACAGACGCGCUGACUACAACGACAGGACGGCCCUGAGGAUGCUGAGUCUGUUCAAUCAGAACUUCUACCUGCUCAGCACACCCUGGAUCCAGCUUUAUAAUAAUUUCUCAGGCUGUAUACGUUACCUGCCUGGAAGCCAUAGAAAACUAAUGAAAAAUGUGUCUGAAAUAAAAGAGUACGCUCUAGAAGGAGUGAAGGACCACCAGAGGUCGCUGGAGGCCAGCUGCCCCCGAGACUUCACUGACACCAUGCUGUUGGAAAUGGAGAAGGAAAAACACAGUACAGACCCUGUGUACACUUUGGACAACAUUGCUGUGACCGUGGCUGACCUGCUCUUUGCGGGGACAGAGACCACCAGCACCACCCUGAGAUACGGGCUCCUGAUUCUCAUGAAAUACCCGGAGGUCGAAGAGAAACUUCAUGAGGAAAUUGACAGGGUGAUUGGGCCAAGCCGAAUCCCUGCCAUCAAGGACAGGCUGGAUAUGCCCUACCUGGAUGCCGUGGUGCAUGAGAUUCAGCGAUUCAUCGACCUCAUUCCCUCCAACCUGUUCCACGAAGCAACCCGGGACACAGUGUUCAGAGGAUACGUCAUCCCCAAGGGCACAGUCAUAAUUCCGACACUGGACUCCCUCUUGUAUGACAGCCACGAAUUCCCCGAACCAGAGAAGUUUAAGCCAGAGCACUUUCUGAAUGAAAAUGGAAAGUUCAAGUACAGUGACCAUUUCAAGCCAUUUUCCGCAGGAAAGCGGGUGUGUGUUGGAGAAGGCCUGGCUCGCAUGGAACUGUUCCUGUUCUUGGCCUCCAUCCUGCAGCACUUUAACUUGAAGUCGCCAGUGGACCCCAUGGAUAUCGACCUCAGCCCCAUCGCAGUUGGGUUUGCCAAGGUCCCCCCCCAUUACAGACUCUGUGUCAUUCCCCGCUCACAAGUGUGAGGCACACGUUCUCUGAAGCCCGCGGGUCCCUUGAUGCUGGCCUGGAGGCCUCCCGCUUCCCUGUGCCCCUCAGCAAGGCUAGCCAGGGCUCCACAGGGAACCACCUGGGCCAGAGAGGCUGCUUUCCAGGCCAAGCACAUUCUUCAGAUAGAAUUUGAAACAAAGUCCAUAAAAGAUUGUGUCAAACUAAUUAAAGUAAUUAAAGC